AUGGAUCAACAAUUCAGUUUUCAGAUGUUUGGAUCAGCAUUUGCAAAUUCUCCCCGAGAGUUUUCGUGCUUGAGCUCGAUUGAAAACGACCGGCACAAGAAACCAAAUGGCCGGAAGAACAAUAACGCUAGGAAGAAGAGUGGUAAGGAUUGGAGGAAAACGCUAAUCAUUAAGGGACAAUGGAAUUCUGAAGAAGACAGGUUGUUGAUGCAGUUGGUGAAGCAGUAUGGGGAUAGCAAAUGGUCCAGGAUUGCUGAAAAGCUUCCUGGAAGGAUUGCAAAGCAAUGUAGAGAUAGAUGGCAAAACCAUUUGCGGCCGGAUAUCACGGUAUCUCUUCCAACAUUUUUUCUUAACGUGUCUACAUACAUUCCAAUUGUCCCAUACCCCACCUCCAGGUGGGAUAUAUUAGACUCGUUUGGUUUGGUUUACGUUAGCAACAAGUCUUGAACUUGCAACCACUAAG